GUAUUUAUGUGAAAACAUAAAGUAAUUUAUAGCAUCUCGAUAACUGUUAAAAAAAUUUCCAAUUUUUUCCGGAAUAACAAAUUUUUCCCAUUAUGGUUUUGUAAUCUAUCUUCAUAUUGAUCACGUGAUAUUUGUUUACUGAACCAAUGUAGCCACUGUUUUAAUGUGCAGAAAUUUUUUGGAUUUGUAUGAUAUUUCCUUGCUUUGUGUCUAAAAUUCUUAUGCAAGACAAUUGCUAGCAUUUGACGGUGCAUCGUAAGUACAUUCUCCUUAAUUUUCUUUAAUGGAAAGAACGUUGUUUUUAGAAGUUGUGGAUGCGUACAAACGAUUACGUAACUCGCCCUCAUCAUGGUUAUGAAACUGAUAGUGUUAGGACAUUCAUUUGUCAGUAGAUUGGAAGAAUUUGUAAGUAAUUCUACGGAUAAUCGUGUGACAAAAAAUUUGAACUUAAGUUUGGAGACCGUUCACGUUUCAUAUGCAGGAUUUAGGGGAGCGACAUUGUCAAAGAUUAGGGCGCAAGGUCUGCGUUACGUAAGACUGAUUCAUCCAGAUGUGGUGGUAUUGCAAGCCGUAUCAAAUGACCUCUGCGAUCCUACGAAAUCAGUAGCAGAUGUCUUCAAACAAUUGAUUGACUUUAUUAUAUCCCUUCGUUAUGCAGAAUCAGUGAAACAUGUUGUAGUUCUACAAACUUUACACAGAAGACCCCCCACUUACCGCAUACGCUAUGAAGUGGAUACUACUUGGUUCAAUGACAGAGUAGAUGAACUUAAUCUGAGAUUAUCAUCCUAUUUAUGUAAUGUGGAUGGAUCAAAAUUUUUCCGCUUAUCAGGUUUCUGGUCCCCUGCAAGUCAGGACAUGGUGUUUUCUAAUGAUGGUGUUCACUUGAAUCCGCAAGGACUGAAGAAAUAUUAUAAUAAUUUGCGAGCAGCAGUAGUUUCUUCAAUUAAAACCAUAACAUAUGAUGAGCGAACUCAGACGCCAACCAAGAGGGAGGCGGACUCAGAAGAAGCCAGCGGCAGCAGGGUCAGCAGAACAGGCUGCGGAACCGACCGAAACGUCUGCUCAGGACCAACUGGUGGCGGCGGUGACCGACAAAGUCCUGGAAGCAAUCAAGAACAAUCAGGAAACCCAACAAGUGGUGGAAAAUGGUUCUAGAGGCAGGAAAAGGCACAGAGAGCCAAAGAAAAAGAGGAGAAGAAUGGCGUCACCUGACAGAUCAAAUUCCUCUUCAGGUACCAACUCUGAUUCAGAUGAAUCUAGUGGUGAAAGUUCCCCAGGUGCAAAUACAAGUACUGAUGAUUCCUCAUCGGAGGAGUCUGAUAACGAUGACAGUUAUUUACUAUCAACGCCCAUAUCCGCACAAAUUGAAUCAAAAAUUAAGAACAAAAUAUGGCAAAAUAAAUAUAUUGACUUUAGUAAACUUUUGCCAAGGGAUGAUGUCGCCUCAGACAGGUCGGUUAAAAUUAAAAGUACAGGCAAUUCUGAAUUAAAAUUACUUUCAGCAAAAUCAAAAACUGUUAUUAAGUCCAUAGAUCAAUGGACAACAGCUUUCCUCAAAUUUCUGGCAAUCUAUUCAGAAAAAUUUCCAAAACAAGUUGCAUCAGUUAUUAAACAUGGAGAAAUUGUCAGAGAACUGGCAAAUAGGCAUGCUGGAUUGUCAUGGAUGACAUAUGAUAAACAAGUACGUAAAGACAUUGAGGCGAGAUCUAUCCCUUGGGGACAGUUACAUUAUGAAUAUUGGGUUAUGGCCACCACAUCUCGAAAUUUUCAUCAGAAUUUCCAAAACAAUUUUCGAGGCAAAAACUUUCAAAGAAGAGGGGGGCCCCCAAAAAGUAGGAAAACACCACCUGGGUUCUGCUAUGCAUUUCACAGGAAUGGAAAAUGCUAUCAGAACAACUGUCAAUACAAACACACAUGUUACCAGUGUAAGAAAAGUCACUCAGUCGUUCAAUGCCCAAGAGGUAAUCAGUCAGCCACAAACAGCAGCUCAUCAACCUACCCUUCAAGUUCAAACUCAUCAUCUACCCCUGCAAACAAAUAGUUAUGUUGUUACUCCAGUUCGGACAACUAUUUUGAAACAGCUAUUAGAAGGGUAUCAUCAAAAUUUGAAAGAAUUCUUAUGUGAAGGUUUUGAAAAAGGAUUUAGAUUAGGUUAUGAGGGUCCAAGGCAACCACGUUUUUCUUCCAAUUUGCUAUCGGCCAAAACUCUUCCAAAUAUAACAUUAGAAAAAUUAAACAAGGAAAUUUCACUUGGCAGAAUUGCUGGCCCAUUUGACGCUCCUCCUUUUGCUAAUAUGCAGUGUUCACCAAUAGGUCUGGUUCCCAAAAAAGAAGCUAAUGAAUUUAGAAUGAUUCAGCAUUUGUCAUUUCCUGACGGGCAUUCAGUUAACGACUUUAUACCUGACGAAUUAUGCUCUGUUUCCUAUACAACAAUCGAUGAUGCUAUCAAAUUGAUAAGACAGAUCGGUCGUGAUUGCCUUCUUGCAAAAACUGACAUUGCUUCUGCUUUUCGGAUAAUACCUGUUCACUCACUUGACCAUGAGUUACUAGGUAUUCAGUUUCAAAAUAAGUUUUAUUUUGAUAAAUGUCUUCCCAUGGGUUGCUCAAUAUCAUGCUCCAUUUUUGAAACUUUCAGUACAGCAUUGCAGUGGAUAGCUUGCAACAAGUUUGGAGUCCCUAACAUGUUGCAUAUAUUAGAUGAUUUCUUAUUUAUAGGGCCCAGGGACUCUUCAAUAUGUGGUCUAGCAUUACAGCAGUUUAUAUCUUUGUGUGAAGUGUUGGGGGUUCCAAUUAAAUCAGAAAAAACUGAGGGCCCUUCUACAGAGAUAGUUUUCUUGGGAAUACAACUAGAUACAGUGAAGUGGGAAGCUAGAUUACCCCAAGAUAGAGUCCAAAAAAUCCGCGAGGCAGUUAAACUAGCCAAAAAUCGCAAAAAAAUGAAACUUCGUGAAGUUCAAUCUUUGAUUGGGCUGUUAAAUUUUGCUUGCUGUGUUGUAGUACCAGGGCGUGCAUUUUUGCGUCGUCUCAUCAAUUUAACAGUAGGUGUAAAAAAGCCCCAUCAUAGGAUUCGUCUAAAUAAGCAAGCAAGGUUGGAUUUGUUAGCUUGGGAAACUUUCAUAGACAAUUUUAAUGGCAAGUCAAUCUUUCUAGACGAUCAAUGGCAAAAUUCCCAAAAACUUCAUCUGUAUACCGAUGCAGCAGGAAGCUUAGGUUACGGGGCUAUCUUAGGUAAAAAAUGGUUUUUUGGAAGUUGGGAGAACAUAAACCUUCAAGAUCGCAAUAUAACAUUCAAGGAACUUUUUCCAAUUGUGGUUGCCAUUGAAAUCUGGGGAGAAACCUUGGCUAACUGUUCUAUAUUGUUUCAUUCAGAUAAUAUGGCAGUCGUCAACAUUAUUAAUAGACUUUCUUCAAAAGAACCAUCAGUUAUGUCCUUAGUCAGAAGACUGGUUCUAGCUUGCUUGAGAUUUAAUAUUUUAUUCAAAUCUGAGCAUAUUCCUGGAAAAGAUAAUAUUUUACCUGACUUACUUUCGCGUUUGCAGGUAGAAAAAUUCAAGGAGUUGGCACCUUACAUGGACAAGUGCCCAGUGAACAUCCCUCAGGAGUACCUACGCAUUUAGUAAAGUCGACAUCAAAACUACUUGAUGCUGCAAUGUCAAAAAAUACCCAGGUGUCAUACGAGGUUGCUUUAAAUGCUUAUCAUAAAUUCUUUUGGAAAAAUUUCAGCUCAAGUCCAACAUUUCCAGCUCAGUUGAAUCACAUUAUGUCUUUUAUAGCAUGGUUAUACCAACAUAAAAAAUCCUACAAUACGAUAAAUACCUACAUUGCAGGUAUUUCUUACUAUCACAAAAUACAUGGCCUUUCUGACCCAACUCAGUUUUUUGUCAUCAAAAAGCUCCUUAAAGGAGCUCAGCAUUUAUCCAAUGCACCAGAUAUCCGUUUACCAAUAACACCUCAUAUUCUUGUCAAGAUAGUACAUGCGCUUAAACACACAGUGUCUGGGAAGUUUAACAGACGCCUUCUGACAGCCAUGUUUACACUCUGUUUCUUUGCAUUCCUGCGGGUAGGUGAAGUAACUGUGAAAUCUCAGAAGAAUUCAAAUAGAAAUCUUGUUCUUCUUCAAAACUUGUCUAUUGAUCCAGUAAGAGGGGGAACUAAAUCUAUGACAUUAACACUCAGACAUUUCAAACAUCAUGACUCAGGUAGACCCGUGUCUUUGCAAAUAGCAGCUCAGACUUGUAAAAGUAUAUGUCCAGUAAAAGCUAUGCAAAAAUAUUUAUCAGUCAGAAGUAAAUGUCAGGGUCCUUUAUUCAGUUUUGAUGGUCAAAAACCAAUUAGUCAGGCUUACUUUACAAAUGAACUAAGAAAUGCAAUAUCAUUUGUGGGUCUUGACACAACUAAGUACAAAUCACACAGUUUUCGUAUCGGAGCAGCAUCUUAUGCUUUUAACUGCAAAAUUCCUGAGGAUAAAAUUCGUUUAAUGGGUCGCUGGAAUUCUAGUGCUGUCCGGCGAUACUUUAGAAUACCAGUUUUCGACACCGUAGAAAUUUCGCCCGUUAAUUGUGUGUGAUUCACAUUGUAGAAAGUUAAUAUGUUGACUUUGCUAUGGUACAAUUGGCUUUUACUUUAUAAUUGGACUGUCUGAGGCAGCUGAUUAUGAUAUAACGUAAAUGAAAAAUUGCGUAAACGGAACUAGCUUGGAUUCUAAACGCAGUUGAUUUAAGAGUAAGUUGACAAUUUUUGUAUUAUCUAGGCAGACUGUCUGAGGCAGCUGCUGAGUGAGCAAUUUUUUAAGGUGGCCAUUACCCAAUACCCUUAGUUUUUUAACAUUACAUGUUUGCAAAUGACUGUCUGAGGCGGC